AACUUAGGCACGCGGCUGCCGCGACGCCCUCGCAGCUCGCGGAGUUCGGUUGAUCUCGGCUCUGUUAGCCGUCCCUGCAGGGCGGGUGAAAGGAGCUCUUCCGAGUUCCCCCGUCGGCUGAUCUUAUUGGCUGAACCUGGAACGGGCUGCGGCGUUUCAUUGGCUGAGAGGAACCGAAGUGUUUGGCCAAGAUGGCGGCACUGGGUUCGCCUCUCCGUACUUUCCGCGGUCUGCUGCGCGAGCUCCGCUAUGUGCAAGGCGGCCGCUCCUAUCGGGAGACGGAGGCUUACCGAUAUCUGAAGGAAGCCUUCCGCGCCCACCGGGUAACCAGUGAAAAAUUAUGCAGGGCCCAGCAUGACCUACAUUUCCAGGCUGCCACCUAUCUCUGUCUUCUGCGUAGUGUCCGAGAACACUUAGCAUUGCAUAAGGAAUAUCAUGGCAAAGGAGAGCGGUCAACAGAGGAAGCAGCUGGUCUUGUAGGCCUUAAACUGCCACAACAGCCUGGAGGGAAAGGAUGGGAGCCAUGAAUAUAACAAGAUUUGUUCUUACUUCCUGAGAAUGCUAUAUUGAGUUUUAUUUUUGAAGAGACACAUUUGUUCAAAUAAAAAUGCUUGUAUGAAAUAUAGGACUCUUAACCAGAAA